GAACUGUUUAGUCCAUUGGCCGCCGCAAUCAGUAUUGGCCUCUUGACUUCUUUGACCGUCAAACUCAGAUGCGAAGUCGGGCUGCGGUUCGAGAUCCGCCCAUCACCAUGACCGUCUCAACGCCAGCCUCUACAGCCGCGAACAAGGAAAAUCUCGGUCCCCGCAGCCGAUUUCCUACGCCACAGUCCCUUGAUCGCCUACACAAACCGUUCAAAUGCCCAGGCUUUGCCAUUCGUACUGUCGCAACCGACCGCCCCGCCAGGAAGCGGAGGAGAGUUGACUACGGCGGUGCCGAUGGGGAAGCGGACUCUGACAAGCCCUACACAAACGCAGACCGACUCGCCCUGGCGAAUCGAGAUGUCAACAAGUUCCCCGUCUUUCAGGUCAAGGACAAGGACACGGUAAUACGCAAGGCCUUCUCCGUUCCGUUUGCCGACAAGAACAAUGCCGCGUACAACCCGAACCGGCCCCCUCCGACGCUGGGCCUGAGGCGGGGAGCCGUGUUCAUCGCAAAGCCACUGCAUGAUCCCUGCGACGAAUUCGCUAUUGUGCUCUACGACCCGACUAUCGACGACAAGCCAAAGGAGACACCGAAACCGGAGGAGAAGGAAAAGGGAGCUGAACCGGCGUCGAAACUGGACGCGCCGCUAAUGCACAAGAGCCUCGCGGAGAUUCUCGGUAUCAAGAAACAAGUCGUGGGUGAACACCCGCGUGUGCCGGUUGUCAUUGACCCAAGGCUGGCCAAGGUGCUUCGGCCCCAUCAGGUCGAGGGUGUCAAGUUCAUGUACCGGUGUGUCACGGGAAUGAUUGACGAAAAGGCGAAUGGGUGCAUCAUGGCGGAUGAAAUGGGUCUCGGAAAGACCCUGCAGUGCAUCACCCUGCUUUGGACACUUCUCAAGCAGUCUCCCGAGGCCGGCAAGACCACGAUCCAGAAGGCGAUCGUGGCUUGCCCCUCGAGUUUGGUCCGAAACUGGGCAAACGAGCUGACGAAGUGGCUUGGGGCCGACGCAAUUACGCCUUUCGCUAUUGACGGCAAGGCGUCAAAAGAGGAACUGACCCGCCAGCUUCGUCAGUGGGCGAUUGCCACAGGCCGUUCCGUCACCCGACCAGUCAUCAUCGUCUCGUAUGAGACCCUCCGUCUCAACAUCGAGGAGCUCAAGAACACACCUAUCGGCUUGAUGCUCUGUGACGAGGGACACCGCCUGAAGAAUGGAGACAGCCAGACUUUUAACGCCUUGAACAACCUGAACGUUUCUCGACGCGUUAUCCUUUCGGGCACACCGAUUCAAAACGACCUAUCUGAGUACUUCUCCCUCAUCAGUUUCGCGAACCCCGAUCUCCUCGGAAGCCGGCUGGAAUUUCGCAAGCGCUUUGAGCUGCCCAUCCUCCGCGGUCGCGACGCUGAUGCCUCCGAGGCCGAGCGGAAACGCGGCGACGAGUGCCUUGCUGAGCUGCUGGGCAUCGUCAAUAAAUUCAUCAUCCGUCGCACAAACGACAUUUUGUCCGAGUACCUCCCUGUCAAGUACGAGCAUGUUGUUUUCUGCAACCUGGCUCCAUUCCAGCUUGCUUUAUACAACUACUUCAUCACCUCGCCCAACAUCCAGGCGCUGCUCAGAGGCAAAGCCUCCCAGCCGCUCAAGGCCAUUGGGAUUCUCAAGAAGCUCUGCAAUCACCCCGACCUCCUGGAUCUCGUAACCGAUCUCCCGGGUUGCGAGCAGUACUGGCCCGAGGACUACGUGCCCAAAGAAGCCCGCGGCCGCGACCGCGACGUCAAGCCCUGGUACUCGGGAAAAAUGCAGGUCCUCGACCGCAUGCUCGCCCGCAUCCGCGCCGACACCAACGACAAGAUCGUGCUCAUCAGCAACUACACCCAGACGCUCGACCUGUUUGAGCGCCUCUGCCGCUCCCGCAACUACGGCUGUCUCCGCCUCGACGGCACAAUGAACGUCAACAAGCGCCAGAAGCUCGUCGACAAGUUCAACGAUCCCGACGGCGACGAGUUUGUCUUUCUGCUCUCCUCCAAAGCCGGCGGAUGCGGCCUCAACCUGAUCGGCGCCAACCGCCUUGUGCUGUUUGACCCGGACUGGAACCCCGCCGCCGACCAGCAGGCGCUCGCGCGCGUGUGGCGCGACGGCCAAAAGAAGGACUGCUUCGUCUACCGCUUCAUCGCGACGGGCACCAUCGAGGAGAAGAUCUUCCAGCGGCAGAGCCACAAGCAGAGCCUCAGUUCCUGCGUGGUGGACUCGGCCGAGGACGUCGAGAGGCAUUUCAGCCUGGACUCGCUCCGCGAAUUGUUCCAGUACAGGCCCGAUACCAGGAGCGAUACCCACGACACGUUCAAGUGUAAGCGCUGUCGGCCUGAUGGCAGGCAGCACAUUAAGGCGCAGGCCAUGCUCUAUGGCGAUACCAGCACGUGGAAUCACUUUGUCAAUGAAGGGCUGAAGGCGAUCCAGGAUCAUUUGCUUAGGCAGGAGUGCGGGGAGAAGGAGGUUAGCGCCGUGUUUCAGUACAUCUCUCAUUAAGGCGUUUUGCUGUUUUGGGAGUGGUGUUGCUUGCGUGGUUUGCUCUUGGCCGGGCGUUGGGGAAUGCUUUGCUUUUUUGUUUGCUUUGAAGCCUGGUGAGGGCGGUCGGAGUUGCUCCUGAGUGAUAGAUGCAAGAAUGGAGUGAUACAUCGCAUUGACUUUGGGAAACUAUUUGCAAAGAGGAAAUGAUAUGUUGCACAUCUCUCUCUCCAGCUCUAGCAUUAACACGAGAAAAAAG